AUGAGGACAAGGAAGCUCCCGUACCCACUAGAAAAGGUCUGGUUGGACAAGCACCAGUAUGAUGAAGCGGAGAGGCUCCACUAUGAAAGAGAAGCCACGUUGGCAGCCUCAGCCACUGAAAAGGGCCAAGAGGUGGAGGCAAUGAACAGUGUUUGCCAUGAUGAUCCUGUCGAGGGCGAAUUGAAAGACAUGAAAAGAGUGAAAAAUGGGAAGAAGCAAAAGAAAAGGAAGCGUUCUCCAAAAACCAAGAGUUUGGUCUCCAAGGUAGAUUUCGUCCUGACUGGUUUAUUAGCUGAUGGCGUGUGGUUUGACAAACCUUUCUUCGAUCAUGCUGAAAACCUGUUCAGAAAGAAACUUGCAGAUGACCUGACCCAGAAGGCCCCUGAAACUGAACCAGCUGCUGAGCAGCCAGCAUUAGUGUCCUGGUCAGAAGAAGCUGUCCCAGGUGUUCAUAAGCCAAGGAAGAACCUAGCAGCCUUGCACUGCACCCAUGCCGGUCUGAUUGCUUGUCACCAUGUCAUCCAGGAUGUCUGGGUCAACAAGUUCAACUUUGAUGAGGCAGAGAAGGUGUUUGUUGAAAGGUCUCAAUCUUUUGUUCAUCCACACUUCCUAGAUCUUCCAUCGGUACGAUGGAACAGUGACUAUGGUGGUGUUGAUCAAAGAACUCCAGAUGAAGGGUAUAUAACAGCUCUAUCUACUCCUGCAACCCCUGCUACACCAUGCCUGUCAACAGAUGUUGUGGUUCAUUCUGGUGCCUCUUUCGUUACCAGUUUGCCCAGUCCUGCACACCAGACAAUAAAUGGCAAGCCUCAGAUAUUGAGCUUGCAGGCAUUGAUUUCGGAGGUGUGGCUGGAGAAACCUAUUUAUGAUGAUGCAGAGAAAUGCUUCUACGAGAACAUGACUGAUGGGCAUCCUCCAGGGAAGGUGAGGCCACAAGAGCGCAGCCGUCCAGAAGCCUCAAAGAGCAGCCGAAAGGACAAGAAGGGCCGCAGUCCCGGGAAACGAAUGAAUUCCCGACAUGUGGAGUUCACCACCAACCCUUCCCUUCAUAAAGAUGCCGAACACCCUCCGCCUACCUGGUAUUUCCUGCACAAGGACAGUGAGCAUUUGUGGCUUAGUAAACCCACAUACGACAGUGCUGAAUCACGAUACUAUGCAUCUGAGGCCCUGAAAAUGUCGAGCAGACAAGAUAAUGCAAGGGUUCCAGAACUCUCACUAGCAAAACCAUCUCGACCUGCUUCUCGUGCCACAAGCGUGCCUGCAUCAGAAACUAAAAAAAUGGCAGCUGAUUUUCUUAUGCAUGAGAAGAUCUGGUUUGAUAAAUUCAAGUAUGACGAUGCCGAGAAGAGAUACUAUGAACAGAUGAAUGGGCCAGUUGCCAGUCCUUCAUGCCAACAGGAGAACGGAGCCAGCACGAUCCUACGCGACAUUGCCAGAGCCAGGGAGAAUAUCCAGAAAUCGCUGGCCGGACGCAAGACCAUUCUGGAUAGCCCCCAAGGAGCCCCACCUGCCCAAUCCAAGAGAAAGUCAGGUCACCUGACUAGUGCAAGCACGACCUCUUCUGGGCCUGGUGGUGACCAAAAUGAGCUCGUCACCAGAAUAGCUAACCUGGAGGUGGAGAACCAAAAUCUCCACAGUGUUGUUGCAGAUCUUCAGCUGGCCAUCUCCAAGCUGGAAACUCGCCUGAACAUGCUAGAAAAAUCCUCCACCUCUCACCAUCCCUCAGCAACGCCGCCAACCCAGCAUGUCACCCCAAUGAAGAAGGUGGAAUCCCCUGCUGCUCCCCCAAAGAAAGUGGAACUCCCUUCUGCUCCCCCUGCAAAGAAAGUAGGACCAUCUGAGGCUGACGACGAAGAUGAGGAUGAUGACAUUGACCUAUUUGGCAGUGGGGAUGAAGAGGAAGACCAGGAGGCUGCCAAAGUUCGGGAAGAGCGACUACGCCAGUAUGCGGAGAAGAAGUCUAAAAAGCCUGGCCUCAUUGCCAAGUCUUCCAUCCUUCUGGAUGUCAAGCCUUGGGACGAUGAAACUGACAUGGCAAAGAUGGAGGAGUGCGUCCGGUCCGUUCAGAUGGACGGCCUGGUUUGGGGAGCCUCCAAGUUGGUUCCAGUGGGCUACGGUAUUAAGAAACUCCAGAUCCAGUGUGUAGUGGAGGAUGACAAGAUUGGAACAGACAUACUGGAGGAGGAGAUCACCAAGUUUGAAGACUACGUGCAGAGUGUCGACAUAGCGGCUUUCAACAAGAUCUAAGAGCUAACGUUUAUCCUUUCUGGAACUGUAACUAAUAAAAGGGUCAAGAUUUUGAGUGCA